CUCGCGCAGGCUACGCUCGUUCGCUACGAGCUGACGCUACGCGCGGAUACCGUAGUCGAGGAAACAUAGCCCGUACAAUUACACGCUUGAAGUGAACAGAGUGACUAUUGUGACGAAGUUUAAAACUACAAGUGUGUUGUGUUAAUACUUGGUUUCUAAGUGUGAGUAUCUUCAAAUUGCAAGAACACCGUCUGUGGGGUCAGCUGGUAUGAAAUAAACGAGUAAAGGAGUCAUUACGAUAUCAUUGGUACCAUCAAAGUAGAUAAGUGAUGCAGUAGUUUUUAAAACUACACCGUCCUGGAGCAGAACUUCUGGCAUGAAGACAUGAAGAGACGUGGUGCUGGUGGAUAGCAUGACAGCAACAGCCACGGCGGCCUAAUGGCGCUGGUGCGUCGAAUACUAGGCGACGCCCAGGCGAAACUACGAAAAAUGGUAGAUGAACAAGUUUCCGUGGGAACGAGGGUCGAAGCAGAGGCAGAGCCUGAACCAGCCGAUCCCCUCAUUACACCAGCCUGCUCAGUUCUGGAUCGUGCAGAUCUUGACAGACCAGUUCCUCCUGAAAGACGACUUCUCAUCUCAACACUCGACAAACCUAGACACAGUUCUCUGAAUGGAGAUACAACGCUCAAUCGAUCGACGAGAUUAUCAAUACGAAACGGAAAGGAUAAUCCAUUUAUUGUUUCUUCCCCAGAUGACGACAAUAAAGAGAACCAAACGAAUGGUAAAUUGGAGUCACCAAUAAAAUGGUCGACACAAAAUGGCAGCGAUAGUGGCACCUACGCAGAGAUAGGUACAGGUGGAAAUAGCAACACGAGUGAUAAGAAUCCGUUAGAUCCAGCUGAUAGUUCUGAGGAGGAAGUUCCUUUGCCUGAAGCCACUUCUCCGGGAAGAAGCAGUGAUGGACCUGAGCCAAGAGCUGACAUUACCGCAACACUUGAUGGAGAAGCAGCUUCCCCCGGUGGUCGGUCAGAUCGCUCUCGUCAUGAGGAGGUGCCAGUUUCCCCCGGGAUGCUCACCGCAGCGCAGAUGGCUCGUCGGCUACGGGGCGAAAACGAACGAUUGCAGGCGGAGUUAACGCGGGUUCGACGCCUGUUGGUGGCAGCAGUGGAGAGAGGAGAAGCAGGAAAUGCUCUCAUAGAAGCACAAGCUCAAGGGCAAGAGGAAACCAACUUGGACCCACAGCAGAUGGAGAAGGAGCUUCUAUUGGCAAGAGAAGCUGUCAGCUCUCUGAAAGCGGAUAAAAAGCGGCUUAAGGCUGAGAAAUUUGAUUUACUCAACCAGAUGAAGCAGUUGUACGCGACCCUCGAAGACAAAGAGAGAGAACUUAGAGACUUCAUUAGAAAUUACGAACAGAUGCGGUCUAGAAGCGGUGCGUCUUCAGCACUCGGAGCGGAGCGCGCCGAACGUGAGCGGGAACGUGCAGCGUUGUUACGUCACGCGAGAGACGAGGCGGAGCGCUCCUUGCAACUGGCGGCAGCGUUGAACGCACGAGACACGCAGUUGCGGCACGCAAGAGAACAGCUCUUUGAAGCAAGGAGACAACUGCAAGCAGCUGGCUGUUUAUCUGAAGGUGAGAGCGUUGCGUCUCUCGGCCUAGGUCCUCCCAUGCUGAUCGGUGGACCUUCUGGACUUAUUGGCGAUAGAGGCAGUUGCAGCGCUGACUCAGGUGUUAGAGUGACAGGUAGCAGCGAUGGUGGCGCCACCUCGGUAUGCGGCGGGAAUCUCUCGGACUCCACAGCAGAGGGCGCUCCUCCCAUACUUGACCCGUACGAUACAGACGCUGUUUCGCUUGUGUCAUCAGCUCACCCGAUAUAUCAAUUGAGUACUCCAAGGGACUGCAGCCCAACUUUAUCCCCUCACAACAGCGCUUCCCCCUUCUCACGCUCCAUAGAUGCCGGAUCGUUGUCCAGGUCUGUUGAACAGCUGUCGAGCCCAGGUGAUGACUCAGGUCUGGUGGGUGGGGUGAGGUCCCGAGCCAGUACCAGCAAAGGAGGCAGGGGUCGAGGCUCCGCUUGGGGCUCUAUAUCUCGCGUGUUUGCUAGAAGCAGACAUCGCACUAAGUCUGGAAGCGCGGCUGCCAGUGGACAUGAAAGUGAGCCGGUGUACGCUAGCAGCUUUAGCAGUUAG